AUGAACACCCUACGCAAAUUAAAUCGUAAGCUACCACUAUUUAUGAGAGUUAGGUGGACAGAAUGUGCGGGCUCUAUUAUCGAAUCUGGUUCUAGACCUAAAUUUAGAGAUUUCCUUUUGUUUGUGAAGAAAAGAGCCAAACUCGUGAACAAUGAAUUCGGAGAAGAUCUCUGUUCCGGCGUGGUAAGGAACAAUGGAGGCAAGAGAUUAGAAGGGAAAAAGGGUCCCUGUGCGAGAACUAGUUCGUUUGCAGCUGGAGCGUACAAACGAGAGAACGGUAGAGAUGGAAACUUUAAAGAAAGGAGAACAUCAAACAUGAAAUGCCUCAUUUGUCAAGAAGGCCAUAGGAUAUGGAAAUGCGAUAAGUUUAAGAAACUUCCUUAUCACGAAAAGAUGAAGUUUGUUCAAGAACACGAACUUUGUUUCAGGUGCCUUACUAGAGGGCAUUAUGCCAGAUCUUGUCCCAAGAUUGAUCUCAAAUGUCGAGUAGAAGGAUGCGGAAAGGGCCACAAUACGUUGUUACAUCCACUACAAACGAAUACGUCCAGUAAAGAGGAUUCAAAGGACAAACUGUGUGAAGGAAAUAACACAAACAAGAAGAGGGAACCGACAAAGAGAAGUCAGAUGAAGUAA